AUGCAGGACGAGGCGCAGGCGACGCUCCAAGCGGCCCUCGUCGUCCUCGCCCAGAUCAACCACGUGGGCGCGGCGGAAGGUGUCAUGGCGGCGCUGGAAGCGCUUGGCGCCGAUGUCGCCAAGGCCGACGCGGACGCGCUCGCGUUUGCGGCGCUGCGCGAAGCCGCCCGCGAGAGCGACGACUGGGCAGCGAUGCUGCCCAUGUUUGACGCCGUCGUCGCGCUUACAACUGCGUCAAGCGAACAUCGCUUGCACAUCUCCAUUCAGGCGGCGCUCACGCCCGUGCAUGCGUACCUCGCAGCCGCACCCUCCCCGUCCUCGCGUAUCGUGAUGGAGCCCAGCGCGCACAUGCAGCCGUACCUGACGCCCUCGACACCCCGCGCUGUACGGCGCCACGCAGCGGCCUUCUGCGAGGCCAUGACGGCCGCGCUCAAUAGCGCUGCCUCGCCAAUUGUCGCACUGCGGGCAAUCGUGCAGCACUACAACGGGUUCGCUGCGCGCGUGAACCUGCUACGGUUCCUCAACCGCACCGAAGACACGCAGCGUGGCGUCCCGCCAACACUGCCGACGUCGCUUCCCUGCGUGCCCAUCGAGCUCUUAUUCGACCGCCACGACGAGGUGUGGCAAGCACUGCAGUCGUCGAUGACGUGCCUACCGCACGUGACAUCGCUCACCAACGUCGCUGCGUUGGCCGCGCCGAUCCCGUGGAAUGGGCCGCAGGACGAGCUUGUUGGCGUUUUGCACCGUGCGUCGGAGGCCGAGAUCCUUUACCUCCAGCGACGCCACCCGUCGGCGUCGCGAGCGACGCUGGCCACGGCCCUCGACGCCGUCAAGGCCCGCGUCAAGCUCUUCCAGCAGCCCGACCGGGGACUCUUCCGCAAGCUCUUCUACUACGUCCUCAAGAAGGAUGCUGUCGGGACGCUCGAGACUGUCCGCGGCCACCACGACCCCAACACGGUGCUCGUGCGGUUGCUCGAAAUGCAUUUGCACGACUGGGUGCUGGUGGCGCGCCAGCUGCCUGCGCCGCGCCUUUUGCCAUAA